AUGACUGCCGGCACAGCAUGUGCUACUUAUGGAACAAGAAAACCUUCGCAUCAUGUUCCUUCUCCACUCAGUUUCCUCAGACAAAGAAGCAUCUCCUCCUCUAAUGCCUCAGUAAAGAUAGGAGCUCCCCCCACUUUCCGGUCCCCUAAACAGCAGAACGACCACGACACCGUCUCUGUGUCUUCCAAAUCGUCCACCCUGUCUCUCAGCAGACGCAACUCCAGCAUCUCGUCAAAUCAGAGCUCCCCUUACAAGCGGCCAAGCGUCGUCACAAGCACCACCAUAGAUAGAAAGAAAAACAAGAUCUCGUACGACGAAAACUGCUGCUUCUGCGAGGAGCCGCUGCUCAACGUUUUUGAUGGAGAGACACUGCUGGACAUGUCUUGCGGCCAUCACUGCCACUUCCAAUGCUACUCCGAGCUGUUCGACUCGCCAGGGUCGGGAAAAUCAAAAGUAUACUGUCCUAUCUGCGGCACAUCCAACACUUUCAACGACGACGAAAUCAACGACAACAUCAUCAGAAACAGACUCUUAACAUCAACUUCCUGCGAGUUCAACCAGGACAUUUUUGCAUCCACCCCUGCCACUUUGGCCAAUCAACUGAUUACUCCUUUGGCACCGACCCAGGUCCAUCUGACUCCACUCACGCCUGUUGCGCAGACAUUUCCUGAGUUCCGGUGUCCUUCUCCAAGAACACAGCCGCUGUUUCUGGAGUCUCCGGUCAUCUCCACGUUCCCAUCUCGGAUUUCUGCCAAACAGUCGGACUCCAGGUUCUCUCUGGGAUCGUUGGCAGAAGCCAAGGUGGAAGUGGUGCCCGAAUUCUCGAAAAUCAUCUUGCUAAACGAACACACCAUACCCAAAUACUACGAUCUUUCGUGUGUCAUGAACAUCAAGUCGCUCGAUUACGAGCCGUCUUUGCUUAAUUUGCCCGAGAAGGAGAAAGAACGCGAGCUCAAGAGCAAGGAGAUCAUUACCAAGGAGCUGAUCCACAACUUUGAGUCCAAGCUACCAAUGCAUAUCGAUCUGGACGUUGCCAACCUUGGUUUCUUGGUGCUCUUUGAUAUUUUUGAGUGUGUCACCGUCAAGGGAACCAGAUACGAACGUGCACAUGUGUACUUCUUUGACCAGCGUUUGGUGGUUCUCAACAGCGUCGGCGACGAGCUGAUCCAGAACGUUUAUCUCGUUGACAAGUUGUCGUCCGUUUUUGAAAACGAGUCGAGUCUGGACAUCACUCUCAAUCUUGCCAGUCUGAGUGUUCCAGAAGUGGAGCUCACGAGCGACAACAAGCUGAUCCACGACAAAUGGAUGAAGAUGCUUUCAAAGUUUGUUGUGCGCAUGCAGAGACAGGCCCGUUCCAACAGAGAAAAUCCGUUUGUUGCACAGGAUCCGUUUUCCGACGCAGAGUUCACUCCGUUUAACCUGUUCUCCAAAGACCUCAUCAGCUUCUCCAAGGAGGUUCCAUUGAUCCAGAUGUCCACCAACGCCUGGGGACUCCUGACCCGCAACGAGAAGGUGAUUCCGAACGAGGUGUUGAAGUACAGCCGGCUCGUUUCCAAGGGACUGGACCUGCCAAUGGGUUUUUUGAAAAGACAGAUUUCCAAGCCGGACUCAAACCCGCUGGUUUUGAUCCUGGUGGUGCCAAUCGUCAACAACAGUACCACCUGUCUGGACGACGCCGAAUACACGGCCGAAAUCCGGCAGCUAAUUACCGAAGUACUGGAAGAUUUGCAACCAGAAGACAAACUGGGCAUUGUUCUCCAGGGAAACAAGCGUCCUGACUCGCAAUUGGGCAACUACUACGGCUGCAUGUCUCCUCUAUGGGAGGGCUGGAGACAGAUCAUCUCCACGAUCGAAUGCUACACCCCUGUGGACGGCGACGAGGUGCUGGACGAGAACUACAGCUCGUGGCAGGACGGGCUCAAGUACGUGCAAUUGCUGUCGACAACGAGUUUCUCCAGUUCAGAUACCAGUGUCCACGAGAUUGUGUUCAUCAACACCGAGAGACUGAAGAACGAACAUUACUUUGACCAAACAGCAACCGCUGACCAGCUCUGGGGCCACGCGUCCAGGAAGACCAGAAAGCCUGUUCCUGAGAUCAUUUCCCAGUUAUGUGAUCAGCACAACGUCACGUUCCACUCGGUCUCACUCUUUGACGAGUACACUUACCAUCCGCAGGAGGUGUUGCAACACUACCAUGCUUUGCUGGGCACCGGCAACCAUCAGCCACGGGGAUGCGUGGAACAACAUCUUGCUCUGGACCUUGACAAUCUGCACGCGCUUCUGAAGCGGCUGGUUAGUCGGUUCCAUGAUGUUUCCAUCAGCAAUCUCCAGACACGGCUGGAUGUGUGCAAAGGUGUCACCAUCACCGAAUUUGAGAACCAGGGACAAUUGGAGCCUGUUGAUUACGGCAACUCGGUUAAGGUGCUGGACCUGCACAACGUGUACAGCAGUUUCGAGAAGUCGGUGAUGAUGAAGGUGCGGAUCGACCUGUCGUCACUGUCUGUUCGGGACCUGCGGCAAGGCGUCAAGCUGGACCUGAUGAAAUCCACCACCAAACUCAAGCUGUACUCUGGGACCAAACAGAUGCACGACGUGACCAGCAUCAAACUUUCGUUGAACGACAGCGGUGCAGACACCACUACGCUGCCAUUGAACCUGCUGGUGACGAAUCCAGGACUGUACGAGACACAGUUCAGCGUUCCUAUCCAUCCAAGACUCUCUGCCAUGAAAGACGCGGUAUUUGUGAAACGGCAGACAGAACUGCUCAUCAUCGGCACUCUUGUGAACGAGGUGUUCAUCAAGAAGACUUACAGCCACUCUGAGAAGGAGGAGGUGCGUGCAAGCCUCAAGAGCAUGGUAAACAAGGUUUGGGAGCUGGUUAAGUCGUGCAACAGCACCAACACCAGCAACGUCAAGGGGCUCGAACAGUGGUCCGAGGCGCUCAACGACGAGUUUCAGGAAAUCAUCGAAGGGUACACCAUGCGCAACUACUAUCUGAGCAACUCGCGGUGUCUGGCAAAGUAUUUCCAGUUAGUUUUAAGUUAA